AUGGACGCCAAAAGCCAACUGCUUCAGGCUUUGGAUGCCGACAAAGAGGCUCACAUUCGCAUGUUGCAAGAAUUCGUGCGGGCUCCGUCACCGAACCCGCCGGGCUCGACCGCGGCAGCUGCUGCAGUGCUCACUUCGUAUCUCGAGUCUCAAGGGAUUCCUUAUCAGACCCUGACUCCGCAGCCCGAUUGUCCUAAUAUCGUGAGCGACUUCCAGGGUGGCCGAGGAGAAGGCCCGCGAGUCGUUCUCAACGGCCACAUCGACGUAUUUCCCGUGGGCGACGACACCCGUGCAUGGUCCAGAGACCCCUGGUCUGGUGACAUUGAAGACGGCAAAAUCUACGGCCGGGGUGUCGUCGACAUGAAGUCAGGUACGGCAUCACUGCUGCUUGCGUAUGCCAGCCUUUAUCAGCGGCGCGAAACGCUGCGCGGCAGCGUCGCCUUCUGCGCGGUGUCCGACGAGGAAACUGGGGGGAAAUGGGGCACCAGAUGGCUGCUCGAGCAGGAUCGCCCACGCUGGGGAGGUGAUUUGAUGCUGAGUGCCGAGCCUUCUGGCCGUAGCAUCCGUUUUGCUGAAAAAGGGACGUUGCGCCUGACGUGCACCGUCGAGACCAAGGGUGCUCAUGGCGCCUUUACCAACAUCAGCAAGGGUGCUGCCCGCACUUCAGCCUACUUCAUCAAAGACGUAGUCGAGGACGUCGAGAGCAUGUCAGUCGACAUGCCCAGGGAGGUAUUGGAGCAGCUGGAGAAGCAAGAGGUCCAAAUGGUCGCCAACGAGAUAAUGGGAGCCGGCACACACACCAUCCUCGGCCGUCCGACCGUCAACAUCGGAACAAUCAAAGGUGGGCUCAAGGUCAACAUGAUCCCGGAUAUGUGUGUUUCCGAGUUCGACAUCCGACUGCCUGCCGGUCUCACACGGGAGACGGUGCUCGAGCGCAUGAGGAGCAUCAUUUCCAAGUACAAGGAAGCCAAGAUUGACCUGUCGGUCCACGAGGCUCACAGCAACCCUUCCAGCUUUUCGCCACUAGAUCACCCCAUGGUCGACCUCCUUGCGAGGAACGCCCAGCUCGUAAGCCCGGAAUCUGAACGGCCUCCUCUACCCAUUCCAUCGAUAGGAGCCACCGACUGCAAGCACUAUCGCUACCGAGGAAUUCCGGCCUACGUCUAUGGGUGCAGCCCUAAAACUAUUCUGAUUCUGACGCGGAGCAUUUACAGUGGCCCAGACGAACGAAUUCACGACAAUUGA